AUGACCGAUUCCUCAACCUCCGAAUCCCACUACUUCUCCAGCAACCCCCCACCCGCUACCCUCCCGCAGCACACGGCGCAGGCCAACGCCUUCGUAACCCACCACCACGCCCACUCCCGGCGCGUAGUCCUGCUGACCUCGGGCGGCACCACCGUCCCGCUGGAGAACCAGACGGUGCGCUUCAUCGACAACUUUUCCGCUGGCACCCGCGGCGCCACAUCCGCCGAGUACUUUCUUUCGCAAGGCUACGCGGUGAUAUUCCUGCACAGGCAGUUCUCCCUGCUGCCGUUCAGUCGGCACUACUCGCACUCUACGAAUUGCUUUUUGGACUUUUUAUCCGAGUGGGGGCGUAUUGGCGAAGGCGAAGAGGGGGAAGAUGGGGGGGCAGCGACGCCGGAUGUGGUUGUUAAGGCAAAAUAUAGACGUGAGAUGCUCAGCGUCCUUAGGAAGUAUCGGAAGGCGAAGGAGCAGAGGUUGUUACUGCUGCUCCCCUUCACGACCGUUACGAGUUACCUCUUCACGCUCCGUGCCAUCGCCUGUGAGAUGAGGUGCCUCGGAAAUGAGGCUUUGUUCUACCUCGCUGCCGCCGUAUCUGACUUUUUUGUCCCGCCGGACAGGAUGGCCGAGCACAAGAUUCAGAGUGGAGACGUGCCUGAGACCACUUCCAGCGCUAUUCCUGGCGGAGGAGGGGGCGGGAAGAAAUUGGUAGUAGACCUAGACCCCGUUCCCAAAUUCCUCAAGCGACUGGUGGAACAGUGGGCUCCUGAGGCUAUGAUCGUCUCUUUCAAGGCAGGUGCCCCUUUUUCUCUCUAUACCAUGCUUUUCACGGUUAUAUUACGUUCCCGUUCUCAUCUAAUGCUCCACAGUUGGAAACGGACUCCUCCAUCCUCCUCAAAAAGUGCAAUCAGAGUCUCGACCGCUACGCUCACCACCUUGUGAUCGGGAACAUCCUUGCUACGCGAAAAUACGAGGUCUUGUUCGUGGAGGAGGGGAGUGCUCAGUGGGUGCGUCUGCCGACGAGCGAUGGCAACAGCGGUGGCAGUGAAGAGGUUGAGAUUGAAAGUCUGAUUGUGCCCGAGGUUAUCAAGCGACAUGAGAAGAUGUUGCUAGGGGGGGCUGCGGCACAUUAGAAAUAAUUUUUUGGCUUGGCUUGGCUCGGUUAACUUGACCGAUGGCUUGGUUUCUUUCGCUGCCUAUUUUGGCUGGCUGGCAGUAGUUGCUGCAGCGUUUGCGCCGUAUCUAUCUAUCAUACCGGUAUUUCCGGUCCAUUUCUAUCUUGACCAUUAUCAAAAUCCAACACAAGUUUCUCCCCUUCACUGUUGUAGGGGUAGUGUACAGUACAGGU